CCCGUACUGAAUCUGCUGGGACGUGUUGCCAACCGGACACUCCGGCGCAUUCACCAGCAAUCACCAACGAUGAGCAUUGGAAAUGAGCCUCGGAAACAGGAGUAGUGCACCACCCUUGGAAUCUGAAGUCGCAGCGAAAAGUGCAUCAUGUUGGAAUAUAAACUCUAACGGAGAUGUAUAUCAUUCGUCCGGGAGAAGUAAAACACGACUUAAUUAUUUGGUCUUGUUCAUGUUUUCUCAGAAUAUCUAAGUGCUUCAGGAGAUACCCCCCUUCCAAGAGGAACUGGAUAAUCGCCGGUGUCUGCUUUAUAUAUUUGUUUUACGUCGUUUCUCAAGUGGCAUACGUUCUGCCCACGGACAGGCUUUCGGAGAAGUACAAGUACAGAAGGGCCAGAGGAAUUCUUACAUCUAGGUUUGAUGAUACCUUACAGGGAACAACGGGCUCUCCGGCCGUUCAAAACGCAAACGUGUCUUAUAAUACUACACCCAAGUACAACGUGGUUUACAUUACUCUCAAAUCCAAACGCCGAAAACCGGCAAUCAUCAGAGGCACAAUACGACCAAAAUUAAGGAAGAAAUUUGUUGGUAAGGACAAGCGAAGUGAGUCCAGUUUUAUAAAUGAAGUUGCCACUGGCGGUGAAGAAGAAGGAAAGCAGAGACAAGAAUACCACAGUGCUUUAUCUCGGAAAUCCGCAAAAAAUGUUUAUUACACACUUAAAAACAUUAACCCGGACACUAGAGACACUGAGUCCCAUUAUAGUGCUAUUAGAAUAUAUAGCGAAAGGGCUCCGCCGUGGUUCAGCAAAGGCGACAUUGAAGCGCUGCGCUUUCUUGCUGAUUGCAAAAUUUCGGGAAUCAAAGAGGUACCGUUCACGGACGGUCGGAAUGUAUUGCUUUUUGAAAGCAUGACAGACGCCUCGGCUAACUCACCAGGUAAAUAUAAUCAAAUGGGUGAUAAUGCCGUGUGCCAGGGACGUUGUGCUCUCAUCAAAAGACCGCUGGACACGAGUGAAGUUUUCGCCUUUCAUUUGGAUAGGAUCCUGGGGCUCAACAGAAGUGUUCCAACUGCUUGCAGGAGGUUCAGUUUUUUUGAAGAUGGUCAACCCAGCCCAGUUGUUCUUUGGGACCCCACACUCUCUCCAGCGGACAAUGAGGCCCAGUCCUCCAUUCGAAUAACCUGGGGCUCGUACCAACAGUCUCUGAAACACAAGUGCUGGCACAGAGGCAUUGUGCCAAAGGCAGAGUCUGGGUGCUCUAGUAUCCAUCACUAUGAAUGGAGCAGACUGGCGCUCUUCGACUUCCUGCUACAGGUGUACAAUCGGCUGGACCGGAACUGCUGUGGCUUCAAACCACGCAAGGAGGACACCUGUGUGAAGCUGGGACGGCACCUGCAGUGUUCGAACCCGGACAGCGUCGAGCUGGUGCACAUCAUCCACAGGAAACACGACCCGAGGCGAUUGGUUCUCAUCGACAACAAAGGCUAUUUUGACCGUGACGAAGGCAAUCUGGAUUUUAAACUACUAGAAGGGAUAACGGAGCUUCCGGAACAUGCUGUGAGCGUCCUGAGGAGCCAUCGUCUGAGGGAGCGGCUCCUGCAGUCCCUGUUCCUGGACGAGGUGUACUGGGAGAGCCAGGGCGGGAGGCAGGGCAUCGAAAAGCUGAUUGACGUGAUCGAGAAACGGGCCAAGGUGCUGCUCACGUACAUCAACGCCCACGGGAUCAAGAUCAUACCCAUGAGCAUGUGAUGGGACAGCGAGCACAUGACAGAACUCUACAAGUACAUCCCUACAUUUUUGGCUGGACCGCAACAGCGGGGCCAGCCCUACAAACGCGAAUGUCUGUGACUGAGUGAGUGAUGAAGUUAUACCAUUGGUCGGCCAAGUUAUGAAGUUACACCAUUGGUCGGCCGGAUCACGUGUGUUAGGUCCAGCCAUAUACUAGGUUUUGACCUGGUCUUGUUUUUUCUGUCAGCUUUAUACCAGGAAAUGAAUAAAAUGCACUGCACUUCAUGAAAUUUGUUUAGCUCUCUGCAUUGCCAAGUGUAGGAUUCCAUGUGAUGCAAUUUCUCAAAUUUCUCAAAAUUUCACUCUAACACAUUACUUUAUUUCACAUUAUUUUUUUAAGUAUUACUUUGAUAUCAGCAUAGAGUAUGGCGUUUACAGUAAGUCAAUUUAUCAUCAUUAUUGUAAUCCAUAUAAUAAUGCAGUUUCAUUAUUAACUAGUUUAGUUAAUUAUUAACUAGUUUAUCAGUUAAUUUGAACAGAAGGUGUAUGUUUACCAGAUAUCAACAUACAGUGAGCUCCAUAAUUUCUGGGACAAAGACAUAUUUUUUCUUGAUUUGGCUUUGUACUCCACAAUUUUAGAUUUGUAAUCAAACAAUGUACGUGUGGUUAAAGUUCAGAUUCUCAGAUUUUAUAAAAGGGUAUUUUUUAUACAUUUAGGUUCCACCAUGUAGAAAUGACAGCACUUGGUAUGCAUAGUCCUCCCAUAAAAAUAAUAAAAGCGAUGUCUUUGUCCCAAGCAUUGUGGAGCUCACAAUAUGCACAUACCAGAAUAUCAGACAGUAUAUGUCUAUCUACUUGAAAAGUCAAUGUGCAAUAUAUUUAAUUAAAAUAUGUUUCUAUUGGCUAUUAGACAGUUGGUAAAUUAAUUGUGUAGAGAGAAAUGUGUGAUUGGAUGUAUCACAUGAAAGGAAUCUCAUUGUAAUUUUAAAAAAUGUUAUGUUGUCUUUUUGGACAGCUGAAGUACUUCUUUGCAUAUUACCUGUAUGUCAUUAAAAUUAUUAUUAUUAUA